UGCGCGUCCAUUUUCUAUCUUUUUAUAACUGACUGAUAGAAAUCUUUAAGGCGCAACUUAUCUUCCCUAAAUCGGUCUUCUUUUCAUUUGCCAGGAUGUUACUGUUUUCAAGCCUUCGUUGCCGUUUUUAUUUUCUUCUAUUUUCCCGUUUCUUCUGAUUGCAAAUUUAUUCGUUUUUAGCUCUUCUUGAGAGCUCUUUUCUUUCUGAGUAAUAAAAUGUGCACAAAUGCGAAAGGCGAAACAGCUCAUAUGAAAUUUCGCUUCCUUUUCCUUCAGGUAAAUUUAAAAUUGCCCUGUUCUCUCUGUAGAAUUCAAGCUAGAAUUGCAUUUUGUGCUUUCGAGCAUAGUAGAGUGAAAGCGAGUUAGCGCAAAUUAUAUUCAAAUACUAUGACAAACUGCUUAACAAAUAUAUCUGUAUAAAAUGAUGCGUUUUAAGAUUAACAGAAAAGUAGUCACACAGUUUUAAAAGAAUUAGAGAGCUAAAAGAAAAGCACUGCCUUUAGUUUUUGUUUUCAGGGAUUAUAAAAACAAUCUCUGUCCUAUCCAGCUGAUCGAAUUUAAAAUUUCGAUAAAAAAGUCAACAAUUUGUCACAGCAGUAAAGUUUGUGACGAAUUUUUCUCUUGGAGCAAUUGUUCAACAAUCUGACUGUGCCUUAAAAUUGGCCUCACUUCGAAUUAUUGAAAGAAACUUACAACAAAAAGGAUAAAAUUAUUCUUCACAAAUUUUCGAAAAGGCCUUUUUUCAGAGCACGGGAAUUGAGCUUAAAGUGCAGUGAGCAGAGCGGAGCGCUUGAAUAAUCGGCAUACGGAACGACGGCACGUCGCAUUGCUUGCACCGCGGAUUAACAUGUGGCUCUGCGCUGUUUAUUGAAGUGAGUAGUGCUUGCGGUGGCAGUACUGUAGUUGGUAUACAAAGAGAAUUUAACCGACAUUACGGCUCGUUGGAAGGAUAUGAAGUUAGAUUUGUAGAGAGAGAUAGAUAUUUAGCAAAGAACGCGUGUUAUAUUGUGCGCAGAAGGAUAGAGCGAACAGAGGCUGAGCUAGAAAGAAAGAGAAACAGCAUUGCGUUGCAUUUAUCAACAAACGGCUCCGCUCGCAUUAUUACAGCAAUGUUGUUGGCUUGGCUCUCGAUGGCUGUUCCUGUUGCGUUGUAAGUAAGUUCACUUGCUUUGCUGUUCUGUCCUAUCUUUUAUAUCUAGUUUGCUCUUUACCAAAGCAUAUAUAGCCACGUUUUACUGAAAAAGCAUUAUUUCAUAGCCAAGCCACGCAUUAAUUUACAAUACGCCGCACUAAGACUAUAUUCGCCGCGAUUGCGUUUAUUGUUGGUGCAUUACGCUGCCUGAGUUUCUCUUAUUUUGUUGUCGAGCGAUAAAAGCUAACUCUGCUUAUUCCAAUAUCUGUGUAAUAAUGAAAUUUUGAAGACAAUUUUACAUUCAUUACUUGAACCACGUGCGAUUGUCAUCGAGCUUCAAAGAUUACAAUAAAACAUACGGCAUACAGUUAUUCAUACUUGAACACAUGAUCGCCAUUGCUAACUUGUAAGAACCAUUACAUAAUUUUGCACUUGUCAAAAACGUAAAAUUCUAAACAAAGGGAUGGACUAGACAAGGCCAAUAAAGCAAUUUAUUUGUUCAGUUUUAGAUAUUGUUAUUAUUAAUGGUAAAUGACUUAAAUUACCUUUGGGAAGCUAAAUGGAUAUAAGAAGUUACCAGGCACGAGCACAAGCAGCUGCCGGAAAUUACCAGCCCACAAUUUCCUCGUCCGAGGGCCUAGGAAGGCAACAUAGUAUUUCGAACAAUUUGAUGACCGCAAAUAUGGCUCCCCAGUUUUCAACGACAAAUGUAAUGCAGCCUUAUCGACCGACUGCAGCCGUUGCGCCAUCUCAAGCUCAGCCAGUCGAAAUAUCCAGGCCUAACUAUUUUAAAGAAGGACCUGCAAGUAAUAUUGCUCAAGUUAAGCCCUAUCAAGUUACAGAAAACCGCAACGCGUUUCAAUCGUCCAUGUCGUUUCCGUAUGAUUACAGGCCAAACGACCCACGAGGUACUCCGCCAAAUCCUUCAAGUAUUUACAGUACUCCUCCACCAACAGGUGCUAUCUAUCCUCCAAAUUCUCAGAACAGGUCCAAAAUCAAUUCUACUGCCACUGGAUUUUUCUCGUCGCCUGGAAUGACAAAUGGUUAUGACCAGAGAAGUCAAAUCUAUAACGGCGAUCACAAGCCACAUAAUUCUUCAGAUCAUAUUAACGAUAAUUACCCAAGUAGAGAUUCCAUGACUCCGGAAUCAGAUCUAUCUAGACUUGAGAAGGAUACAGGACAAAAAGACAACACACCAUCUCCUAAACAAAACGGAGUAGCGUUUCAGAGUGAAAAUUUAAAUAGCUCCGAUGCAUCGCAGCAUACGUCUCCUUCCGACCCAUUCAACCCUAAAAAUCGUAUCAUGAUACCACCACCGAUGCCCAACGAGAAAGGUUAUAUUAAGCAAAACGACGCUAUGUUACCAAUUAACGCGCCAAAGACACCAUCGCCAUUAGUUAAUAAUGGCAUGAGAGCUCCUGGUUAUCCUCCGAACCCCCACCGAGCUUAUGGUCCUAGUCCUAUGAGAGCUUUACCACCUGGAAAACAUGGAGAUUACUCUUACGGUUUACCUACUUCUGGAAUGUUCAGUCCUCAGAUGCCUGCCAAUGGACCGAUGGGCAACGGAGUUCCUAGAAAACCAAUGGGACCUCCCCCUUCACCCAAUCAAUCUUACCAACAAAAUCGUGCUAAUUCAAAUAUCCAGAGUUACGGAGGUUAUCCUGUUAACGGAAGUUCAAGCCAGAACCCUCAAGGAGCUAUGACUGUUGUUGGUGGGCCGGGAGCCCAUCUGAAUUCCAGCAAUGCUACCCCGUCACCCACGUUGAACCAGCUGCUGACUAACACCCACCCAAGUCAAUAUAAACAACAGUCGGGAGGAGAGAGAAUGACUGCAAACGACCAACAGAAUAUCCCGGGCGGUGGUCAUCCAGGGGUAGGCCUGAACAUUGCACAACAACAACAAUCCUCAACUGCCAACAGUAUCAGCAGCGAAAACAGCAACGACAGCGAACAUCAACAACUGAACGAGUUUGGACAAGGUCAGAUGCCGGGAGACAUGGGGGGAUUCAUGCCAUCUCCAUCGCCCAGUGCCACUAGUGUAUCGUCACUGCAGGAAGAGGAGUCCAUCUCAAGCACACAUGCAAUGAAGACCCAACAGAUGAGCCCCCAGGUGAUCAACCAUCCGAAUGGUGGCAAUAGUCAAUCUAUGAUGCACUCAAACCUCCCCCCACCUCCUGCGAACUCUAUGCACGGACCCCCUCCUCCACAUCACAUGUAUCCACCACACCCACAUCACCACCCUGCAAUGAUAUCCCAAAUGCAAGGUCAGCAUGGCCAGAUGAUGCAUCAGACGAUGGGAACAGGUGGCGGCCAGUAUAACGGAACCGGGCCGCCUACGAUGAUGCAACAAACUACAGGCAUGCGAGCUCCCGCACCUCAAAUGCAACAAAACCAGGGAACUCAUAGCACCACAAACAACAGUUCAGGGUCGAGUGGUAAAGAUGAUGAGCGUAUAGAUCAUUUUCUGUACUCGCUACCGUUUGGACAAGAGCCAGGCAGAAAAGAGUUUUGCGACCGUCUAAUCAAAAUUCUGGAAACGAGAGGAUUAAUUCAAAGCAAAGUACCCUGCGUGGCAAAACUGCCAGUAGAUCUGUUUCGUCUCUACAAUCUCGUCAAAGAAAAGAGCGGAUUCGCCACUGUUUGCACACAAAAAUUGUGGAAAGACAUAGCAAACACUAUGGACCUGAAUAACUCACCGAUGGCAUCGUACAAUAUGAAGAAGCAUUACACGAAGUUUUUGUUGCCAUACGAGUGUCAGUAUGACCUGAAUGGCGCUGACCCAGCUGCCGUUCAAGCAGAGUGCGACGCACCGCCGCCGCGCAAAAGACCACCAAAGCAGAAGCCUCCGAAAGAAGAAGGUGGACGUGGUAAGAAGAGCAAAAGUUCUCAAAACAAUUCAAACAUCUCGAAUCCACCGGCACAAAAUCCUGGGCCUGAUGAUAUGAACGGACACACAAUAAAUGUGUGUGACCCAUUCUCGGACGAGUUUGCGAACAAUCAGAGGCCGGGUAGCAGGACUGGUGGGGUCCCGAAUGCUGUGCAACUAUCACCGCCCUCUGUACCACCUGGGUACUUUCCGAAGCCUCAGUUCCGCCAACCAUAUGAGGCUCAAAUUGGUGGUGGGCCAAGUUAUGUUAAAAGUUAUCCUGCACCUGAUAAUGCCCCUCCCAUUGGCACAGUGUCUCCAGGUGGAUACCCUGGAGCACCCAGUUUCAGACCAAGUUACAUUCCACCUCCCGGUCCCAUGGCCGUACCACCAGUGUCAGGGGCUCCGGCCUACAACCCACCGAUUCCUCCGACGCUCCAAGCGCCUCCUCCGAUGAUGUCACCUCCCCAAGCGGCCUCUCCAUAUCAACCGGGAGUAAAUCGAGUGCAGCCGCCAGAAACAGCAGCGGAUUCCGAAAACGGGUUCCCGCCUCCAGUCAGCGCCACUGUUCCAGCACCGUCUACAUUGCAACCCAGGAGGAAUUCAGCGUUUAAUAUGGCGUCUGAAACUGUGCCAUAUCCGUACCCUUCGUCCAGUGGACACAAAGAACCCAUGCCUCCGACUCCCAUACCGCCCAUCACUUCAUCCAGUGGAGCCAGUGUUAACAAUUUGAAGGAGACUGUGGAAGAGCAACCUUCAACGAGCCCUCAUACUAGCAUGAAAGUUUCCACAACUGCAACGGAAGUUGAAGAUACGAAACCCGUUGAAGAAAUUGAAAAAUCAAGCAAGAAGUCAACGUACGAGACUGAAUACUUUAUGGAGGAGAAAACUUCAUAUUGGAGAGAUUCCAUUGAUCAGAACGACUUCGAAUCUUCUUGCACUGAGGCAACAGAAGUUGUUUGCAAACCCAACACCCGAGUUCCGGCUAUUUAUGUCAACCAUGGAGACGCGAACAAAAUUCUGAUGAGUUUGAAGUCAGGCCUGAAGGUAGAAACCAAUUGGGCUCUUGAAACUCUUACGGUUAUUUUAUUCGACGAUGUUACGAUGCACCACCUAAACAUUGACUCUUUACCGGGGAUUAUUGACGUUCUAUUGGGAAAUCUGCAAAUAAACCUCGACAAACUUUCAACCAGACAUUUGAGUGAAAUCAAAGAAAGCAACUGCUCCACGUUACCAAAAAAUGAAAACUUCGAGAGUACGCCAAAGAAAUCCAACAUAGAAAUGAGCAAUGAAGCAUCUAAUCAAAAGCCCAAAAAUGGAAUCACUACUCCCGAUAUAAAGAUUAAUGAACGCAAGCGAAAGUACGAUAACUUAAUCGAAGUUGCAGAUGACGAUAUUCAGUUGGAUUCCUGUGAAGCAAAGAAACACAUUGAUGCUGUUACAGAAUCUUCAAGGAUAUCUAACCUUGAAAUGCUAUCUCGUUUGAAAGCUAUGAGCUUAACGAAAAGUGACCGAGAUGUGUCGUCCUACAACUGUCUACACGGAGAAAUUUUAGACUCGUUACGGCAACAGAGAAUACAUGUGAAUGGAAUCAAAGGAACUAGUGCAAAAUCAAAUCAACGGAGAGAACUGAAAUCUGCACACAUUGAAGAUUCUUUAAGUGAAAGUUGCGAAACAUUCCGAUGCGAGCAGCUCAUACAAGCUGACAUUGAAGAAAUUGAACAUGAAGCGCAAACAGUUCUCAGUAUAACGAAUAUCUUCAGAAGCUUUUCGUGUCAGCCCUCGAACGAAAAUAGAUUGGCUGGACAUUCCGAUCUUCUUAAUUUGUGCAGCCGCAUGAUCCAGUUUGCUCACUGGCAUCCACCGAAACAGACUUCGCGUCAAAAGAGGGAAGUGAAUUGGAAGAUGCUUCCAGAUGACUGGGAGUCAGUCUACCUGAACGGAAUCCGCGAAAACUGCAUUGUACUUCUAUCCAACAUUGCGUCCAAAAUUAACCUGGACAAUUUUGACGAAAAGUGUGUAUUUAGUCUAAUGGAUGCACUCACUCACUGGCUCGUGUGCAAAUCUUGCGUAAGCUCGGACCCAGUUCCUGGUGCUAUACACUCUACAAUCACUAUGAAGCGCUUGGCCCUAGAAACGCUUUGCAAAAUGUGUUUAGCAUACAACAAUACUGAUUACCUUUUAGCCACACCUCCCGCAAGUAGAAUAUCAGAACUAGUAGCUGUACUGUUAGACAUGGUUAGCGAUAGUAGCCAACCCGCAAUUAGAGAACUCGCUUUAGUCUUACUAACAUACCUGUCCAAGUCGGACAUAGGUGUCUGCCAUCUAUGCAACGCAUCCCACUUUGUUAACAAAGUGUUAGAGUACCUCAAAGAGUCGGUCAAUUUGAUAGCCAAGUCCGGUUUCAACACGAGGACUAGCAAUCCAACAUUCACAUCAUCAUCACCCUCGCUCAGCGGCCAACUAUUCGACCCUUCCGCCAACUUGUUCAUGGCACGCAGUUGUUCCAGUCUACUGCUGCGCAUUUCGCAAUUGAAUCCCAAAAUCCUGCUCCCAUAUCGCAAACAACUUCUCUUCCUCUCAACAUCGGAAGUGUUCGCCGCAGUUGACACGAGAGAAGUAUACGCAAACAUGGCCGACAUCCUGUUCGAACUCAACUCUUAAUGUCUUUCAUUAUUCGUGUAUUAUUCUACAUACUAGUUGAUGCAAAACAAAACUAGCAUAAAUCUUUAUUUCGUUUUUCUUCAAUUCAAUUUACAGCCUAUUCAUUUCUCAGCUUAAAUCUUUCAUAUUUUUGCAGCCUAAAUUUAAAUUGAAUAUAUUUAUUCAAUAAAUGUUUUAAGAA